AGCUUUUCUCGGUAGUUCCUCUUGCUGGUUUGGGCAUCGAGAGAAGACUCAAAGGAGGCCAUUGGGAGACCCAGCAGAGAAGAUGGACUCGCAGGUGGCAAAGAAAAUCUCCUGUUCUGCAAAGGAAAGCAUCUGGAAGGACUUCCUCUUUGCAGUGUCAGUCCUGAGUUUCUGCUUCGUGUUGGCUGGUGCUCAAACCUUGUUGACUAAUAUUACGGUGGAGCCAGAAAACCCAGUGGAUGGAGGAAGUGUCCGCCUCACCCCCACAAGCGUUCCAGAGAACACCAAUACCUGCCGUUGGUACCGGGGAGAAGAAUCCCCUCAAAACAUCAUCCUUGAGUAUUUCACCCACGCGUCCCCUUCAUUUCAAUGGAGAGAUGCUUACACUGGGCGAGAGGACAUGGACUUCAAAUGCUCCAUCGAAAUCAAAGAGUUGAAAGGAAUCGACUCUGGAACCUAUAUGGUCACAAUCGUCAGUGCUGAUCAGACCGUCAAAGGGAAAGUGGACAUUGUUGUCUCAGCUCCAGCUCCAACAUUGUCAGGUGGACCCAUCGCUGUGAUCGUGAUUGUGGUGUUGGCCUUGGGAUUGGGCCUCAUUGGAGGCUUGCUUUAUUUCUUUCUCCGGAUCCGCCCUCGGAGAAGGAAACACUCCUUGGACCCUGUCCAGCCGGCAACAACAACCUAUGAAAAUCUCCCCCGUCUGGGACAGAAGGCAGCUGAGGAGAAUCCAGAAGUUUCUUCAGAUCCUACCAGCAACGUCUACGAGGCCUUGCAGCACCAAAGCCCUUGUGUCUACGAAGAGCUCAGGCGACCGUAACGGAUGGAGCAACCAUCAUCCCCUUUUCUACUUUGGCUUGGACUAUGGAGUAGAUUUUCCCAUUUCAUUAUCGACUGCAAAAUGAAUUCAGCAUCUUCAGUGCAUCUACUAGGGGUGUCCAAUUUUUUCGUUAGCCGUCGUAAGUCGGAUCAAAUUGGUUACGUUUGUAAUUACGAGGCAAUAUCCGACACAUGGCCAUGGCCCAAACUUAAGAAUCAAAACUCACCCAAUACUUUUCUGUUGGAAUAAUAAUAACAUAUAAUAAGUUUAUUUUUGUAUCCCGCCCCAUCUCCCGAAGGGACUCGGGGCGGCUCACGUGGGGCCAAGCCCAACAACAUACAAUAAAAUACAACAGUGAAAAUGUAUAUGUGGCAGCGUGUCCACUUACACCUCCACAAACAGCUAUAGUUCCCACUACACAGGAGACACCAGUGGCAUUUGCAUGAUCCCACCCACUGCCUCUCCCUUAACCCUUUCCUACCCUUUCCAAUGACCAAAGAAAAAUACUGCAAUGAACAUAAUUGAUAUUCCACCUUAUUCCAGAAUAGCUCUGGGUUUACAAACACCAACAUCGUGUCCAAGAGGAUGUACUUUGUAUUAUUUUCAGGAAAGGAUGCAGACUUUCCUGGAAGAUUAAACAAAGUGGAAAACCAAUGCUAUUUUUCCCAGAUGCUUUAAGCUAUAAGAGAAAAAGCCAAGGGAAUUAUUAAAGAGGAACGAGAAUAAAAAGCACAUUUGCAACCUUA